AGAGAGAGAGACAGAGAGAGAUUGUGUGUUUUUGCAGCGAUAAUUUCGCCAUAGACAAGAAGGAAAAUCAAAAGAAGGGGGAGAAUAGGGAGAGAACCAGAAUGUCGUGGAAUCGCCGUCAACGCCUUGAUGUUCUGGCGCUUUGCCUGCUAUCGAUCUGUCUCGUUCAAUCCGACUCCGGCGACAUCCGGCCACUGAAUCACGGCCUAUCCAACGAGACGGAUCCCGGCGAUCCAUCCCCGGCAAUGGCCGCGUUCUUCGGCGCCCGGCCGGCCGCGCCGCUUCCGGCUGAGCGGAAUACAACUGAUCCCGUCUGGGGAGUCGCCGGAAAGGUGUCGCCAGCGAAGCCCGAUAGCGACAACCUGCGGCGUAGGACGCUCCUUUUAAUUGCCGGAGUGGCCUGCGGAAUUCUCGGUGUUGGCCUUCUCGUCUCCGCGGCGGCUUACACGGUCCGAACUCGCCGGACAGGCCAUCCGGCGGGGCUGCGAACUGGGUUUGGGCUAGGAUCGUGGGCUGGGCCGACUCAGUGGAAAAGCAAACGGGAGACUCGGUUGGGGCCCGCUUGAGUUAAUACGAAUAAUGUUUUUUUUUAUGAUCUUCUUUGUUACAUUUACAUAGUUUGUUACUUGGUAAA